GGCGUCUCGAGGACACACGCUCAGGCGCACGCCAGGAAUCUUCAUUAGUGCGUUCUGCCAUACCGUCUGUGUUGCGACGUGCUGGAUGAGGUGGUGUGUGUGAUGCAGCGAUGUCGAUGUUGUCGGUGAGGGCGGUGCUGUUAUGCGCGUGCGCAUUGCUCCUACAUCACGCAAACGGAGAACUAAGAGGAAGAUGUCCCUCUGAGGAGGCCUCGUGUCCACCGCGAGCAUCUCCGUGCAGCGCGGACGACGAGUGCGGAGAGAAAAUCUGCUGCAACACGUCGUGUGGGCGAGCCUGCGUCGACCCGCUUUACACCGGUUGUGAAAAUGUAAAGUUAUCAACGGAGAGAAUAUCAAGGGCUCUGGCAGCGGAGAACAGCCGCGGCGGUAGAGGGAUGCUACCGUCCCUCAGGACGCCGCGAUGUCGAACCACAGAUGGAGAGUUUGAAGAGAUCCAGUGUGAUAACGAGAUCGUCAGCUCUUGUUGGUGCGUCGAUGUCAAACACCCCUUAGGCGCAGCGGGCGAUGAGUCAGCUAUGAAAUUAGAUGUUGCGGGUUUGACCCUUGAUCAAAACAAAUGUUUGUGGGAUCGAAUAAGUUUUUUUAUUUACAAAAAUGAGGGUAAGGUCAAUACGAAUAAAGUGCAUUUUUGUACAUUACAGGACUCGUUCAACAACGUGAAGCAAUGGCUGGAGGAGAUCGAUCGUUACGCGUGCGACAACGUGAACAAACUGCUUGUGGGCAACAAGUGCGAUCUCACCACCAAGAAGGUUGUCGACUACACCACCGCCAAUCAAUACGCGGAACAGCUGGGCAUACCGUUCCUGGAGACGUCCGCGAAGAACUCGACGAACGUUGAGCAAGCGUUCAUGACGAUGGCGGCGGAGAUCAAGACGCGCGUCGGGCCGCCCUCCACCGGCGCCGCGCCCGUCGGCGGGCAGGUCAAGAUCGACCAGGGACACCCCAUCGACACCGGCAAGUCCUCCUGCUGCUGAAUGUGCCGCCUCAGGCUGGCGGCAACACGCAAGGGAGAGGUGGGAGUCGCGGACGCCGGCCGCCACACCCGUUACAUAAACAAAAUGCAAUUACCACAAAACUUUCACGAUCGCAUCAUUGUAAUUAUAAAGUAAUUAAAUAUAUUAUAAUAUAGUAGCGUGAGCGUACAACGGCGUCGUCGCAUCGCGCGAGCUAACUUCUGUUCAGUUGCUAAUGUCCGGUAUCGUUUAGUAUAGCAAACGAACGUGCAGUGGAUGGGUGAAUGUUUAUAUAUAUUGAAUAUCGUAGGUUAAUUUUGUGCUGUUUCACGUAUAAGAGUUACGAUGCAUAUAACUGAAGGCGACACGGACGUGUGCGGUGGUGUGAAGUGAGGCGAUCACACUCGCGAGCCGCGAGCCGAGCUGAGAUCAGAACACUCGUCGCUGUCCAUACGCGUAGGCUAACUUACGUUUCUAUUCCAGCUUGUGUUAAAUUUUAAUUUUCUGAUCACUUGAGGUACUAAUACUUAUGCACUGGGUGUUUAUUCGUAUAUGUAUAUUUACAUUUAUCGCGAAGUACCGGGGUUGUGCUAUGUUGAUGAUUUUGUGUUCACAUCACAAAAUUUUAGAUAUAGCCCGUUGGCCUUAGAUUUAGACAGAUAGUUAACAUGUAGCGAACAUUCAAAAAUAAAAGCGGGAACAUAGUAUUAUUUAAAAGACAUUUCAUAUAUCAGCGUCACGUUGUGAUAAUUUGAAAUCUUUAUAACAGACCGGCGAUUCGACUGUUCGCGGUUCGAUACGAUUUUAUUUCGUCCUAUUUUUCGUUUAAAGUAUUAAGGAAUUAGAUAUACUAUAUAGCAGACAAUUGAAUUGUCGGUCUGUGUGUGUACUAUAAAUUAUUUUAUUGUAUCUAUUUACUGGAGUAUGUUAUUUUUGUACUAUCAUGCCAGCGUUAAGUUCACUUGAAAUCAAUCCGCUAACCCCCUAAUUCUGUAUCGAGGGUUUCUUAGAAAUUAAAACAGUAUGCUAUA